CCUACUUUUUCUCUUAGUGUCCAAAGGAUAUAUCCACAGACAUGUUUGCCCGUCUUUGUAGGCGCUUUGGGAGAGUUGAUGUUGAUAGAGAAGAGUCUAGAGUGAAGCAAACGAAACCUAAAGAGGCCUGCAGACAGACGUCAUCCCCUGAAAAUGUCCUAAACAAGGUGCAGGCCAACGAGGAAGAGGAGAGGCUGAAUAGAGAACUAGAGCUAACUACCAAGGAGAGAAAUGAGCUGACAGAAUGCCUCCUUUAUGUGACAGGUGGAUCCAUGAACAAGAGCCCCUACUUCAGGCCAAAUCCAUUUUAUGAAAACUUGAAGAUAAAGGAGAAAGAGGUCAUGUCAUUACUGCACAACUUAGACACAAAGAACAUUGAACAUCGUGAGAAAUUUCAGGAGCUCAAGAAGGAGAUUAACUUCUAUCGCAACCUGCACAGCCGGCUCCUGAUAGACCAGGCAUGUAUGAAGAAGAAGUUGGUCACAUUGGAGCAGGAGAGCAAGGAGGUACAGCGAUAUUUGUUUGAGUUGAACCCAAAGGAUGAAGACGAACAGGAGAAGACCAGCAACCUCCAGACCCAGCAAAAUGUGGUCUCGGAAACUGCAGGAGACAUGGCAUAGGACGGAUCCCAGGAAGACAGCCCCCUGAGGAAUGAGUUUCUCUCUCAGGAGUUCCCUGUGACGACAAUCCUCACAGUCAAAGACUUUUUGGGGGAAUAUUCUUCUUCUCAGAUAAUUUCCUCAAUGUAUAGAGACCCUAAAUUUAUGUAUCCGUAUGCCAGCCUGUCUCAUUGAGGUAUUUCUCCUUUCUCAUACCGACAACACCAUUUGAGAGACAACUGAGGGGACUGCCUUGACAUCUCACGUCCUAGAGGAGAAACAGCACUACAACUCUGUUUCUAAAUGUUCAUUAAGAAAAUGCUGUUAAGAAAUGUUUUUGGUUAUGAUGUUCAUUGAAGUUUUCUUUUUGUUAUUUCAUAGUUAUAUAUUCUUGUUACUGUUUUUCAUUUUUUAUACCAUUUUAGUUGUUCAUUUUAUGCCUG